AUGGGCGCGUGGGAGCCGGGCGCUCGGAGAGGCAGCCCCGCGGGGGCUCCCGCGUGUCCCGCGUGGGGCGGCGGCGCGGCGGCGCUGGCGCUGAGCGCGCUCUGUCUGCUGCUGUCCCUGGGCUCGGUGGCCGCCUGCCUGCUGCUGAACGCCCGGGCGUCCGAGCUACAGGGCAGGGUGUCGGCGCUCGAAGAGGAGCAGCAGCGGCGUGCGGGCUGGGGGCCCCCCGAGGCGCCCGGCGCCCUCAUCUCCUGGGCCGAGCCCCACCUGGAACGACUCCUGAAGGAGAAGUUGGAAGGACUAGCCAAGCACCGGAAAACCCGAGAAGUCUUACCUGAGUGUCUCUGCCCCCCAGGACCCCCAGGGAGGCGUGGAAAACCUGGAAGAAGAGGAGAUACUGGGCCUGCAGGGCAAGCAGGACGAGACGGUUAUCCGGGGCCACUGGGACUGGAUGGCAAGCCGGGAUUGCCGGGGCCCAAAGGUGAAAAGGGAGAACCAGGAGACUUCGGCCCACGGGGAGAUCGAGGUCAAGAUGGAGCUGCUGGUCCACCUGGGCCCCCAGGUCCUCCUGGAGCCAGAGGGCCCCCAGGAGAUACAGGAAAAGACGGUCCUCGAGGACUGCAAGGCCCGGAUGGUCUAAAAGGAGAGCCAGGACCAGGAGGCAUGAUGGGCCCGAAAGGACCUCCAGGACUCAAGGGUGAACCUGGCAUGCCAGGAAGAAAGGGAGAUGACGGAUUGCCAGGACAACCAGGACUCCAGGGAUCCAUCGGGCCAAAGGGAGAGGAAGGGAGUCCAGGGCCUCAAGGACAGAAUGGAACUGAUGGAUCACCAGGAGCCAAGGGGGAGCCUGGUGAGAGAGGAUCUGACGGCUUCCUUGGGCCCAGGGGUCCACCUGGCCUGAAAGGUGAACAAGGAGACACAGUAGUGAUCGACUAUGACGGCAGAAUCCUGGAUGCUCUGAAGGGUCCUCCGGGUCCUCAAGGCCCGCCUGGUCCUCCAGGAACCCCUGGAGCAAAGGGAGAGCUUGGAUUGCCUGGUCCUCCUGGAGUUGAUGGAGAAAAGGGGCCAAAGGGCUCUAAAGGAGACCAGGGACAGCCAGGACUGAUGGGACCCAAAGGAGAAAUCGGAGAAAUGGGCUUGUCUGGCCCCCCGGGUAUCGACGGCCCCAAAGGUGAGAAGGGAGAAUCAGGGUCUGCGAGUCUUCAGGAGAGCCUGGCCCAGAUUCUAGCAGAACCAGGGCCACCUGGCUUACCUGGUCCCCCAGGUCCUAUGGGUCUUCAGGGAAUCCAAGGUCCCAAGGGCUUGGACGGUGCAAAGGGGGAGAAGGGUGCCACCGGAGAGAAAGGCUCCAAUGGGCUGCUUGGACCAGCUGGCCCACCUGGCCUAAUUGGAUUACCCGGAACAAAAGGAGAGAAGGGCAGACCCGGUGAGCCAGGACUGGAUGGCUUCCCAGGACCCCGAGGAGAGAAGGGAGAGAGGAGCAAACAAGGAGAAAAGGGGGAUCGAGGGGUUCCUGGCAGAAAAGGAGCAAAGGGGCAGAAGGGAGAGCCUGGGCCCCCUGGAUUGGAUCAGCCGUGUCCAGUGGGGGCUGAUGGACUACCUGUGGCAGGCUGCUGGCACAAGUGAUGCCAGCUCCUCUCACCUGAAGCUUGUACAUAUUCAUGUGACAUACUUCGCUCUACUUAAUUUUUGUAAAAAACAAACAAAACAAAACAAACAGUAAU